UUGCCAAGGAUGCAGAAGGAAAUGAAGAUGAUCAAAGAUGAGGAUGUGCAUUUCAACUUGGCUGUGAAGAAGACCCCCUCCUUUCCCCACUGCCUGCAGCCAGUGGCUUCUCGGGUGAAGGCUCCCCAACGACACCCCUUCCCAGAAGCUCUCCGAGGACCCUUUUCCCAGUUUCGGUAUGAACCUCCUCCAGGAGACCUAGAUGGGUUCCCUGGGGUCUUCGAAGGAGGGGGGUCUAGGAAACGGAAGAGCAUGCCCACCAAGAUGCCCUAUAACCACCCUACAGAAGAAGCCAGCCUCGCCCUCCACUCCGAGGAGAACAAAAACCGCGGCCUUCCCGACCUCCCUUUGCUGUUCCCGCAGCCCCCGCGCCCAAAGUAUGACUCUCAGAUGAUCGACCUGUGCAACGCAGGCUUCCAGUUCUACCGCAGCCUGGGACACCUGGGGGCCAAGCCCGUCAAGCAGGAGCCCAUUAAGCCCAGCGCCAUGUGGCCCCAGCCGACGCCCGCUCCAUUCCUGCCCGCGCCCUACCCCUACUACCCCAAACUCCACCCGGGCCUCAUGUUCCCCUUCUUCGUGCCCUCGUCCUCGCCCUUCCCCUUCGGCCGGCACGCCUUCCUGCCCAAGCAGCCCCCGGAACCUCUGCUGCCCCGGAAAGCCGAGCCCCAGGAGAGCGAGGAGACCAAGCAGAAAGUGGAGAGGGUGGAUGUGAACGUGCAGAUCGACGACAGCUACUACGUGGACGUGGGCGGCGCGCAGAAGCGCUGGCAGUGCCCCACCUGCGAGAAGUCCUACACCUCCAAGUACAACCUGGUCACCCACAUCCUGGGCCACAGCGGGAUCAAGCCGCACGCGUGCACGCACUGUGGGAAGCUCUUCAAGCAGCUCAGCCACCUGCACACCCACAUGCUGACCCACCAGGGCACGCGGCCCCACAAGUGCCAGGUGUGCCACAAGGCCUUCACCCAGACCAGCCACCUGAAGCGCCACAUGAUGCAGCACAGCGAGGUGAAGCCGCACAACUGCCGCGUGUGCGGCCGCGGCUUCGCCUACCCCAGCGAGCUCAAGGCCCACGAGGCCAAGCACGCCAGCGGGCGCGAGAACAUCUGUGUGGAGUGCGGCCUCGACUUCCCCACCCUGGCCCAGCUGAAGAGACACCUCACCACGCACCGGGGCCCCAUCCAGUACAACUGCUCCGAGUGCGACAAGACCUUCCAGUACCCGAGCCAGCUGCAGAACCACAUGAUGAAGCACAAGGACAUCCGGCCCUACAUCUGCUCCGAGUGCGGCAUGGAGUUCGUGCAGCCGCACCACCUCAAGCAGCACUCGCUCACCCACAAGGGUGUGAAGGAGCACAAGUGUGGGAUUUGCGGGCGGGAGUUCACCCUGCUGGCCAACAUGAAGCGACACGUGCUGAUCCACACCAACAUCCGUGCCUACCAGUGUCACCUCUGCUACAAGAGCUUCGUCCAGAAGCAGACCCUAAAGGCACACAUGAUCGUCCACUCUGACGUGAAGCCUUUCAAAUGCAAGCUAUGCGGGAAGGAAUUCAACCGGAUGCACAACCUGAUGGGCCACAUGCACCUGCACUCGGACAGCAAACCCUUCAAGUGCCUCUAUUGCCCGAGCAAAUUCACCCUGAAGGGGAACCUGACGCGCCACAUGAAAGUCAAGCACGGAGUCAUGGAGCGGGGCCUUCAUUCCCAAGGUCUGGGAAGGGGGAGAAUCGCCCUGGCACAGACAGCCGGCGUCCUGAGGAGUCUGGAGCAAGAGGAGCCCUUUGACCUCUCUCAGAAGCGCCGUGUCCAGGGGCCCGUGUUCCAAUCAGACGGGGAGAGUGCCCGGGGCAGCCCCUGCCACGAGGAGGAAGAGGAGGACAACUGCUACGAGGUGGCGCCCUGCAGCCCCAGCCUGGCCCCGCAGAGCCAGGCGCUCUGCGCGCCCGAGGAUCUGUCCACCAAGCCCGAGCACGCCCCCGAGGUGCUGGAGGAAGCCUGCAAAGAGAAGGAGGAAGUCUCCAAGGAGGAAUGGGAGGAGAGGAGCAAGGGCGACCUCGGGCCAGAGGGCGGCCAGGAGAGAGAUUGUGCCGGCAGAGAGGAGUGUCUCAGCCUCGGGGCUUUUCCGAGCACCCGGCGGGGCCCCUCUUUUUCCGAUUACUUAUACUUCAAGCACAGAGAUGAGAGUUUGAAAGAAUUACUGGAGAGGAAAAUGGAAAAACAAGCAAUGCUUUUAGGUGUCUAAGUGGACAGUUUUAAAAUUACAUUUGGAAAAUGAGAACGAGGCAGUUCAACUAUAGCCUUCUGCAUGAACUGUCAUUUUCUGGGGACUGGUGAAUAGGACCAAUCUCUGCAAAUGGCUUAGACUAAAUGAGCAGGGAUGUAGGUAAUGUAAAGGCUUCUCAGGUCAUUCACCGGGCUGUGAUGCCUUUCACACAUGUACAGGGUCUUCUUCAGUGGUAUUUUAUGUAUCGCCAGUAUAAUAAACUGUGCAUGUUCUUUUAGAUACCUAAUUAUAAGUUGAUGCCGAGGUGCUUUUUAGAAUUCUGUUUUCAUUUGAUUAAUAUGCAAUACAUGGUAAAUUUCUAAUUGCAAAAAUAUGGUGCUUGAGGUGUCACCUUAUGAAUAACUGUUUAGGUGAAUUCGUGAAGGUUAUAAUAUUUUCCAGAUAGAUGAAAAUAUUAGUAGUUGUAUAUAUAAAUGUAGCCUUUAUUCUAUAACCAAGAAUGUCAGAAAUGGCAUGGGAGGAUGAGCUAUUGAAGAGAAUGCUCUCAAGCAGUUGCUGCAGAUAUAAGGUAAAAUUUCAGAAGAAUAAUUUUUGACUAAGGGAAAUGGGCGAUACUUAGAUUCCUGCUUAGAAUACUUAAGAUUCUCUUGUUCUGUGUCUGCUGUCUUCGUCAGACUGGGCAUUUGGAGCAUUUUUUUCAAGAUGAUCUGAUGAUGUUCAGAGUCCUGUCUCCUCCGAUAAGCCCCCACUUCUUGAGCAGAGCUCCCUCCUGGAGACCAUUGCUGUCUGGCUCUGAGGUCUCAUGCCCCGGAAGACAGAUGCAGGGGUCAGGCGUGGUGAUUCAUGCCUGUAACCCCAGCACUUUGGUAGUUCGAGGCAGGCGGAUCACUUGAUGUCAGGCGUUUGAGACCAACCUGGCCAACAUGGUGAAGCUCCAUCUCUACUGAAAAUACAAAAAGUAGCUGGGCAUGGUGGCAGGUACCUGUAGUCCCAGCUACUCAGGAGGCUGAGAAAGGAGAAUUGCUUGAACCCAGGAGGCAGACGUUGCAGUGAGCUGAGAUCGCACCACCUCACUAUAACCUAAGUGACAGAAUGAGACUCUGCCUCAA